AAAAUGUGGUUGAAUUGAGUGACAGAAAAGCGGUCGUCUUAAUUUGAUGAUGGUAUUUUUUUUUUAAAUUUUAACACAAGCAGGUUACGAAACUGCGACACCUCUUUUAAGUAGACAUCUUUAUUAAUGAGGUGUAGCGAUUGUGUUUGUGUGAACGCUCUAGUACAUAAGAAAUUCACAAGAUGGAAAUUCUUAAGACAUAUUUCCUGAUAGGCAGUUUAUAGUAUUUUUUUUAAGCCUUGACUGGAGUAAUAUAGUACUGUAGAAGAAGGGCCUUCAAAUGAAAAGUUCAUAGCUUGUCCGUAAAUUUCAGAUAGAUGCCGGCUUUAACACAAAGGAUUAUGUGAAACCUGUGUUUAGGUGUUAUAACUACCAAGUUAGGGUUCACUAUACAUGGCAAAAAAAUUGUACAUUGAAUUGGAACUGUAGCAAGUAUAAGUUAGUGGCAGGGUAAAGUUUGUUCAGAUACUGGAAAACGAUAGAUUGUACAAAUGGAAUAUCGGAAUUAAGAUUGAUUAAAUUGUUUCUCUGCGUUACUGCAUAUGCCCAGACUAUUUCUGAAUGCUGAAUUAAUUUGGGUGAUAGUACUUGCCAUUUACCUAUAAAAGAGGUGAGGGUUUAAGUAGAAUGAAAUUGCAUCUCAGUAUUCUCAGGUACUGUUAAUUACAAAAUAUAAAGUCUCUGACUUUCGUAUAGGAUUAUCUUGGAUAAUUUGGCAUAUAAUUCUGUUGACAGUGUUGCUGGAUUUAUAUAUUUUUUCCUUUUAGUUUGAUGACACGUAAUUUGCAUUAUGCAGGAUGUUUCAAGUUUAUAGCUCUUUAAGGUCUGAACUUUCUGGGUGUUUUUGUGUCAGCCUUUAGAAUAUUGCUUCUUUGAAAUUUAAAGUUCUUUUAGUUGCUGCAUCCAGUAGUGCAAAUGUAUUAUAGUUAGGCAUUACUGCAGUAUUCUUUCCAUUACUUAAUUUGUUGGGGGCAGGCUCUUUUUUAUGAUGUUACAUUUUAACUUUUAAAGCGUUUUAUGCAGUUUGUGUCUAAGAUAUGGCAAGCCUGGUCCAAAAGCACACCCGAUAUUUAUCUAAAUAAAUGCUGAUGAUAUGUCAUGAUUUGUACUGUAAAAAGUUACGAUGAACCCAUGAUUGGGUGAACAAGGUCAUUAAUACAAAUAAAGAGACUAGCAUGUAGAAAUUGUUAUUUUAUUACUAUAUGAAAAUAAAUUUAUAUUUACUUUUCGGUAACCCAUAAGAAUCGGAUUUAGAAUUGAAGUAUAUUAGUCGUAGCUAUCAAGGCUUUCUGGCAAAUCACAGAAUUUGGUGUGUCAUGGGUGUCGAGGCAAAAGUGGGGCCAUUGUAAUUUGUAACCACAUGAACGGAUCUUCUUGUAGGGUUUAUUGAUCAAAUACUUAUUUAUGUUUGUUUUAAUUGAAGCUAUAAGGGGUUACAUUCUUGUCAUAUAUGUUGGUAUAGAUGGAACAUGGUAUUUAUGUAUCACUUUAAUGCUUACUUAAUGUGUUCUCUAUUCGUAGAUGCUAUACAAAUAUCUUAGAAGAACUUGAUUUAAAUCUACGCUGUGGUUCAGUUUUUGGAUUAGAAUUCAUGAAAUGAAUAUUCUUGAUUCGAUCCAUUCAAUUAAAUUCAACAUGAUUUUUGUCCAUUAAUGCAAUGUAUCAACAAAGUGAAGGUAAAUUAAAAAACAAGACCUAAUUGCUUCUAUCAGCCAAUUAAAAUACAGCCUGUCAACAUACGGUCUCUUCCACUCUGUUUUGUCAGUGACUCUACACUAUUCACCCAGUCACCUGUCUUUUUUCACCAAUUAUGCAUGCGAUUCUUAGUUGACCAUUUGACAAUCCAACAUAGAAAUAGAAGUCCUUUUAACAAUCCUAUAUGCUGGUGAUGACGAUGAACACUAUGAUCCUGACGAAUAUUGAAUAAGAGGAAAGAUGCAUACAACAACCCACUAAUAGUUGAUGUAUAUUAUUGCAAUGGAUGUGGUCUUAUUUACUUAUCUACUUUUUUACCUUUUUUUUUAUUUAUGCUAAACUUGUUAACGGUUUUGUUACAUAAGUUAUGGUCGCUCUUGUUUAUCUAUUAUUGUUGGUUCCUUUUGUUGGGUCGAUUGUGUGAAACUAAACCUUUUUUAAUUUAGUUGUUGUUUUGUUGUUUUUUGGCAUCGAAUAUACUAGUUAAAGAUUAAUCAAAUCAUUCUAAAACAAAUGUACUGUGGUUUUUCGCACUGUAUGUACUAGCAUAGUUAUUAUGGUUGGUGACAUACUCCACCAUACCAAGUUAAGUUGGUUGUUAUAAUAACUAUUAAGGUUAAUUAAAACAUAGCUCUUAGAAGCACACUUAAACUUGAGGUGCAAUGUCAGAGGGGUUGAGGGUCUCACCUUGCUUGGGAUGCUAUUUUUUUUGCUCAGUUACACCCUACGCACAAGGCGUAAGUAGGUAUUAAGUUUAGGUAUUUUAGUGUUCACAAAUAUGUACUAGUGACAUGUUUUGAUUAUGUCAAUGAUUGUGGCUCUCAUGUCUCCAUCAGGAUACACAUUAUAUGUUUUAAUUCCAUUGUUUUUUUUUUUCUAGCCGGCCCUGUAUUUUAUCACGUUUGAUAUCAACACACCACCACAAAAAGCAAGUCUCCUAUACGAGGGAGGGAAGAAAAGAUAAAACACCUUGACAGUUAUCUUUGUGAAAAUUAAAACAUUCCAUGCUCAUGCACAUGAGAAAACCACUUGGGAUUUUAGUGUCUAUUGUUUGGAGAUCAAGAUUUUGGUAAAAGAUAAAGUUUCGUAAAUGAUAAUCAAACACAUACAUCAUAUGCAAGCGUGCAUGCUUUAAUUGUGUGCAAGUGGUUUGAUGUUUGUUGAAGGCAUUUUACUAAGGCUUCGGAUUUCCACAUUCAUGACUCUUUCUUUCUUGACACUACGCUAUAUAUGAACUUACAAUGUUGGAAUGGUUGUUGAGGCCACUAUGUUUAUGUAUUCUUGAAGUUUCGUGGUUUGGAGUUCCUUCGAUUUUCACACAUGAAUAAUUGAAUCUCUGACAUUAUUCAACGCUGAAGCAUUAUUUGUUUUCCUUAAAUUUUUGCAAUCUAAGUUAAGCUUGACAUGGCAUCAUUGAAUUUCAGUGGUGGGUGAGUGAUUAUGCUAAGGUCAAGUUGGUAUCAUCCUAUUAAAAAUGAAUUGCAAAGGAUUCUAGCAUUAACAUGGUACUGAAGUGUCAUAAAUAGGAGUCUAUAACAAAUGACAUAAAAUAUUAGUAUGAGAAGUUACAAAAUAUAUGCUAAACAUGCAAAGAUAUCUAAGUAUACAUUGCUGACUUUGAAACAUAAGAAGUCAUCGUCAACAAUUAAUAAUAUAUAAUGAAUAGUUCAACAAUUUGAAACAUAGGAUUCUAACAUUGACAUGGUACUGAAGUGCCAUAAAUAGGAGUUUAUAACAAAAGGCAGAUUUUUUGAUGGAUAAGUUAUAGAGAUACAUAGAAGUCAACAUUUCUAAAAUUAACAUAGUUACUUGAAGUUUCUUAGCUCCAAGAUUUGGAUCAUAUGGCCAACAGUUCUUUUUCUUUACUUAAUCAAUUGUUAUCAAGCUGUAAAUAAGUAAAAUCUUUUGACACUGAAAGUCAAAUAUGAUUCUUGUUGAACAUGGGCAGCAAAAACAAGGGGACUUAAAAUAGUUAAGAGGCAUCCAUUUACGUCAUUUUCAAUGGUGUUAUAAACCUCUUGUGGAAAGUAAUUGUGUCAUUAACCUUAUAUGGAAACAUGAAGAGAAAUAAAAAAUGAAAGAUAAGAAGGGUGACAUGGAAAUUGGAAUCAUGAAAUUUGCACAAGAGGUAUUACUACAAGUGUGAAACUUUCUUAAAGAGCACACAAGCUGGAAAGUAAAAGGAUAGAAUACUAAAAGAAGGUAGGAAAAUAAUUAUGUUCUAGGAAGAGACUGAACUUGUGUGAGCAGAGUGGAAAGUCUAAAUCUGCCUCUUUAACCAAUUGGCCAGACUAGAUUUUCUGUUUAAAGGUAUAACUAUAGUCAUAAAUUCUGUGAUAUCAUGCUACUCCAUGUGGUAGAGGCAUGCCAGUCAUCCUCCAUCAUGUUUUUUUUAAUGAAAGUGGAGUAUUUCACACCUUCUCCCUCAUGUCUGUUAUAAUGCUUGUGGGGAGACAUCAAAUAAUUCCUAAAAUAUGUUUAUGGACCAGUAAAGUUGUAUCCAAAAAGGCUUCAAAUAUGCAUAUGUGAUGAUUAUUUGCCUAAAUGAGCGUUAUUUUUGUUUCUUUUUUAAUGUUCCAUAGAUUUCAGUCUUUGUGAUGCUGUACCGAAUAAAGGGAUUCACUAAAGAUCUUUCUGGAGAUGAGCAAGGCCUCUCGAAUGCCAAAGUGAUGUGCCGCCUCUGCUUCUCUGGUGAAAAUGAAGGAAGUGAUCGAGCCAGAAAGAUGCUAUCAUGCAAAAGCUGUAGCAAGAAAUAUCACAGGAGCUGUGUGAAGUCUUGGGCUCAGAAUAGAGAUCUGUUUCACUGGAGUUCUUGGACCUGCCCUUCAUGUCGGAGUUGUGAGGUGUGCCGUAGAACUGGUGACCCAAACAAGCUUAUGUUUUGCAAAAGGUGUGAUGGUGCGUAUCACUGUUACUGUCAGCAGCCUCCACACAAGGUAAAUUGUAACCCUUUAAUUCUUACAUUGAACGUUAUAAUAGAGGCACCAUGGUGUUAUUUGUAUUUUGAAAUUGUGCAGAAUGUUAGUAGUGGACCUUAUUUGUGCCCCAAGCAUACAAAGUGUCACAGCUGUGCUUCUACAGUUCCUGGAAAUGGUUUGAGUGUUAGGUGGUUUUUAGGGUAUACUUGUUGUGAUGCUUGCGGCAGAUUGUUUGUGAAAGGAAAUUAUUGUCCUGUUUGUUUGAAGGUCUAUAGAGACUCUGAAUCGACACCCAUGGUUUGUUGUGAUGUCUGUCAGCGGUGGGUGCAUUGUCACUGUGAUGGAAUUAGUGAUGAAAAGUAUUUGCAAUUUCAAGUGGAUAAUAACCUGCAAUAUAGAUGUGCUACAUGCCGUGGAGAAUGCUACCAGGUAUCGGUCAGGGACCAUGAAGAUGCUGUUCAGGAACUCUGGAGGAGGAGAGAUAAAGCCGACCGUGAGUUAACUGCUAGUCUGAGGGCUGCUGCUGGGUUGCCAACUCAAGAAGAAAUAUUUUCUAUUCAACCUUAUUCAGAUGACGACGAUAAUGUACCUUUAUCAAAGAAUGAGUAUGGACGUUCACUGAAAGUUUCUCUCAAAGGGGUAGUUGAAAAGUCCCCCAAGAAGAGCAAGGAAUAUGUGAAAAAAUCUGCAAGCAAGAAGUAUGGUAAGAAAAAGGGAUUCCAUGCACCUGUAUUUGGUAGAACCGAACCACGGAUUGAAGGUCAUAGUGAUGCUCAAUCUACUGGAUUCAUCGUGGGCGAUAACAAGGAUGAAGACGUGCAAUCCUACAGAAGUGGAGAGCUUGAAAUGCUUCCGUUUCCUGCUGCUGGAAGUUUGGCUGAUGGGUUAUGCUCAGCUACUCAGGCAAUGGUUCCAAAAAACACGUUUGUUAAUGAGGUCCCAGUGAAGACAGAAAGAAUUUCAAGAGACCAGAUGAACAGUAACAGGUCACAUGGAGCUGACGCCGUCGACGAAUCUGGGAAACUUGCUGACAAGUCCAUGAACACCAAGGGACCGAAGCUCGUUAUACACUUGGGAACCAGAAACAAAAAUGUAGCUAGUUCUCCAAGGUCUGAUGCAUCAAACUUACAUCGAGAGCAAGAAUUGAUCACUUCCAAUGGCAGUGACGACAUGACUAUACAGAGAGCAAAUGACAAACAUUUGGAGAGGCGUGAUAACACAUCUAAACUCUCCGACAUGAAAGGAGAGAAUUUAGAUUAUGCCGAUCAACCGAAAGGACUGAGAUUGAGAGGAAAAGAGGGGAACACUAUCAAAAUCAGAAAGUUGAAUCCAGACAACUCUGAUGUUUACAAUGUUGGUGGUGGAGCCAACCUAACUGAUGUACAACAGUCUCUUCCUCCCAUGAAAGCACGCGUUUCAUUUGGUAAAAGAAACACAGAGAAGAGUGAUGCUAGUGAUGCGUUUGCAAUAAGAGGUCAAAAGUCAUCUGAUGAUCUGAAUGAUGGAAAUAAGGGCCCAGCUUCUGUUGCAAAUUCUUCGGAGAAGGAACUUAAGCCUUUAUUGAGACUCAAGUUCAAAAACCCAUAUUCCGACAACCAGACCUCCUGGGCUCCUGCUGGAGAGGAUGAUAGGAGUUCUGUCAAGGGACAAAGAUCUAAGAGAAAGAGACCGUCACCUUUUAUGGAUAAAUCAUCUUCUGUGAAGGAAGAUGAAGGGGUUGGUCACUCAUACGAAGACAUAGUUUUGAUGGAGAUCAUGGAUGCAAAUUGGAUAAUCCAAAAGUUGGGAAAAGAUGCAAUCGGAAAGAAGGUGGAAGUUCAUCAGCGCACUAACAAUACCUGGCACAAGGGUACUAUAAUUGAAGUCUUUGAAGGCACAUCCAUUGUUUCUGUUACUUUAGAUGACGGAAAGACCAGUAAUGUUGACCUUAGCAAACAAGGAAUCCGGUUUGUUUCGCAGAAGCAGAGACGGUGAGUUGAUGGCUCGUUGUCCUGUUUAUUAAUCAGGUUAGUUAAAAAGCUUAAACUUAUUUAACUGCAAAAUCUGAAGUUAUAGAUUUGUUUUAAGUUGGAGGUUUUGGGGUUUAUAGGCUUGUGGAAAAGCCUGGUAUGAGUUGCUUAAUGGCUCAUUCUGUGCAACCUUUCUUGUACUGUAGCUGUUGUUCCAGUUUAUGAGUCUAAAAGUUGUG